UAUUCCUGGUAAUUUAUUGGUGUUAAUAACUAGUAGAAACUUAACCAAGAAGGAUAUUUUUAUCUGCCAGCUACAAAAUAUGUAUGGAACCACUGAAAUUCCGUUUUAUAUAACUAAUGCAAGAGAAGAAUAUUUGGCUAUAUUACCUAAAGACGAAAGAGAACUUACCACAGUGUCUGACCCCGUUUUAAGUGGCAAAGGUAUAUUUCAAGUUUAUUCAUUGUAUAUAUACAUAAGCUGUGCUGUGCUUGUUUUGUUCGUUUUCAUUAUUGGAUCCCUUAUGGUUCAGAACAAAUUGAAAAGCCAUACAACUGCCGAAUUAACAGUUCCAUUACCUACCAUUAUUGACGAAUCUUUAACAAGACGCUUAAGCAACAGUAUGCAGAUGGUUUCAUCUACACAUGCAAUAGUUUCACUAAACUCUCUUAGUCCGCGAGAACCAAAUAUAGAGUCGGAAAGUGAUUCAAGUUUAUACGAGUAUCCUAUGUCAUGUCCUGUAAUCGACCACUUCAGUUAUGAUUAUGUAGAUAACACGAAACUGGAUAUUCAUUUUUAUGACAUUUGCAAAGAAAAAAGAACGCAUGAUGAAAAAGGCAAUGUUAUCGUCAGAAACAGCGAUGACACAAUCAACUCAUAUACUGUCCCACACAAUACCUAUCUAGUCGUAUUAGACUCGACAAAAAGUUUCAGUAUUAGAAAUGACACAUUAGCUGCUGGUUUGGAAAGACGGAAAUCAUCAUUGGAAACAUUUGAAAAAAGAAAUCAGUUAAUGAAAGAUUCUGCAAGCGCACGAAAAAGACUUCAUUCCAUAUAACUGAACCGCUCAAAUGUAGAAUAUAUCGAUUCAGCAAAGUUUAAUUUUGUCAUAAGGAGAAACGUAUAAAAUGGAUUUGAAGAUUCAAAUAUGUUUCUAUAGUUCAUUUAUAGCCUUUUAGGGUCGAAGUUGUUGUUGUAGUUAAAUAGUUUUAUGAGAUUUGAACAUUGGUUCACUAUACUACUCUAAUUUAUACAACAUAGAAAAAUUAUCAACUAUAUUGAUCUAGUCUUCCUUGUGUGUGUGUUUUUUUUUUUUAAAUUUUGGUUCAUUUGUAUGUUUCGGAGUUUAGUGUGGCGUCCUUUUGCUGAACAGGUUUUAUUAUGUAGGGGCAAGCUGAAGCUCGUCUCCGACAUGACAUUGUAAGCCUUUAUUCUAAAGAAAGGUCAACAGACUCUCUUAGAGGUAACUAAUGCAGGAUCUAUAAAUACAAGCCAAGUUCUGUCGGAGGGGACGUUUAAUCAGAUGUCUGUCUCUGUGUGUUAAAGACUCCUUGCAACAAGGACGGCAAAAUGUCGGUUUCUAUCCAACAAACCCUCAUUUUAUAUGCAGUGGUACCGGUAGCUCAAAGUUUUUGACCUUCAUCAUGUACGACCUACCUUGCAUAGUAUAUCUAUUGUAUAUAUAAUAAAUGUUCUCAUCUUUAA